GGUAUCCCAAAAUUAGUAUAAGAACCGGAAAAGGGGGGGGGGGGGGUAGCUGAGACGAUUCUGAGCGACAAUUCCCUUUGCAAAAAUGUCGGACGGUGCUUCGUUUUUGAAUUAUCGACGAUAAAACCAGCGACCAAUCACAGCGCGAACUCAGCCGCGGGAGGCUGUCCCGAUGGCUCGACCCCGCCUCUCGCGGUUGAGCGCGCGCUACUCGGGCGCUGCGGUUGGUCGCUCGUUUCUCGUCAAUAAUUCAAAAACGAAGCACAAUCCAACAUUUUCGCAAAGGAAAGUAUGGUUCAGAAUCGUCUCAGGAACCCCCCAUUUCCGGUUCUUACACUAAUCCUGCGACACCCUGUAUAAAAAAGAAUAAAAUAAUUUUGUGCAAUGUCUCGAGAAAUAAUAGUCUUGGCUACUACAUUUAUAGUAUAGCAAUUAUUCUGUCUACCUAAAAUUACGCGAAAGGAAUCAAGUAAAGCACAUGGACGAUCGAACGGAGAUGUACAAACUGGCGUGCUCGACAAAAAAUAAAUAUGCGGUGUAUCAGAGCGAAGACGUAAAACAGACUAGUGGGGAGCCUUUCUGCCAACUAAAUCCCGUACGAAACGUCGAAGAAGAAGAAUGGAUUUCCUCCGGCAUUUCGUGGAACUUCAAAUACAAAAGAUCUAUCGACAUUGCGUAAAUAGUUAAUGUAAACGAAAUCGAGAUGCGAAUAAUUCGAAUAACGUUAUUUUCAUUGCGACAGGCUACUGAAACUGGAAGAAGUCGGUCUCAUGGCAGGUGGGACGCGUUAUUGGACGAAAUGGAAACCGUUGACAGAAGAUGCAUCAGACGAUGCUGACGAUCGUCCAAUAAACAUGCAACAAAUCGCUCUAAUCCUUUCGAUAUUAGGCUAUGCGUCGGCCACAUCUUUCGUUCUUUUUGUAUUUGAAAUCCUGAUAUUUUACUAUAGAAAUUAACGAUAUACCAUCUAAUCCUUGAAUGCAGUCGUAUAGUUGUCACAUGGUAGAAUAAAAAUAAUCACAUUAUGUGUACCUCGACUUGAUUAAUUAUUUCAACGAAUUUUACAAAUCCCUAUGGGAGCAAGACGUAGAUUCCACCCGUGAUCAUGCUACAGGGUGUCCCAGAAUUAGAAUAAGAACCGGGAAUGGGGGAGAGGGUAUAGCUGAGACGAUUCUGAGCGACAAUUCCCUUUGCAAAAAUGUCGGAUGGUGCUUUGUUUUUGAAUUAUCGACGAUGAAAUCAGCGACCAAUCACAGCGCGAGCUCAGCCGCGAGAGGCUGUCCCGAUGGCUCGACCCCGCCUCUCGCGGCUGAGCGCGCGCUACUCGGGCGCUGAGAUUGGUCGCUGGUUUUUCUUUAAUAAUUCAAAAACGAAGCACCAUCCGACAUUUUUGCAAAGGAAACUAUGGUUCAGAAUCGUCUGAGGAACCCACCCAUUUCUUACACUAAUCCUGGGACACCCUGUAUAUUUCAAUAGACGCUAUCGGUGAACAAUCGAAGCUAUUGGACGCUACUCUGUUGCGUUAUCGCGGCAUCAGUUUACAUAACUAAACGGCGCAUUGUAAUAUGUACUAUAAAAUGGACAAACACGAAAGGACAGAUCGAUACUAGUAAUCAUAGUAAUCGUAUCGCAUUACAAGGCAAGAUGAAGAGAUAAUCCUGGCAGAGCUACAUACGUAACCGAUUAUUUCAGCGAGGAUGAUUCCAUAGCUUCGUUAACGUUAGACCAAACGCUACUAUGAAUACACAUAGUCCGAGGAUACAAAAAAUAUACUUCAUGAGAGGAUUACUGUUACUCGCGAUGAUUCUUCCUAUCCUGACACCUGUUCAAUCGGCGAACGGUGUAAUAUGGAACAAAGGAAGGCAGGAUUUCGUGCCGAUCUUCAGCAUCCCCGUCUUUGCUGCGAUAAAUCGGGAGAAGUUCGAUCGGAGUCGAGCAGAGGAGACGCACAACUUUCAGGGCCGACUCGUUAGGUUCAGUUAUUACGAGCUGACUAACCUUGUCAGCAACGAAGCAAACGGACUGAAGGUCACCGGAGCCAUCGGCGAAGUUUGGAACACGUUGUCGGAAUUGUUGAAUUUCACGUUGAAGCCAAUCAUUACCUAUGAAACUUCGGUGGGAUCUAUAAACGCCAAUGGCACGUACACGAUAGGUUUAUUGGGUAUAUUGUAUAGAAAUGAAACGGACGUUGUACCGAGGGUGGAAGCCUACAACAAGCGACUUGCGGCCGCCGUCUUUACCGUUCCUCUGUGGUCGACCAACAACCGAAUGUACAUUCGACAAGAAAUCAGACACCACAACCCUACAUGGAUAGUGAAGUUGUUUUCUCGGAAGGUCUGGUACGCGAUUCUGACCACUUACUCUCUGCUAAGCAUCUGCAGUUAUCUGACUCAGAAGAUGACCACGAAGAUCAAGCACGUGAAGUGGAAAGCAAGCUUGAAAGAGCAUUUAUUCUACAACUUCGCCAUGAUCUGCGAUCAAAGUCACCGUCCAAACGAUAUAACCAAUAGUUCGAGAACUGUAGAGAUAUGGUUGGGCGUAUUCUGUCGUCUAGUGAAGACAACUUUCGACGCACUGUUUAUAGGCUACAUGGCGCAAAUUAUCAUCGUACCACCUUUCGACGACAUGAAGUCCUUGCUCGAAGAUACUUCGUACGAUAUACUUACCGUAAAAGGGUCUUUUCAGCAAAUGUAUUUUCAGGUGAUCGACGACCCAAUAGUUAAAAAAUUAGUUGCAACGAACCGAGUAAAAAAUGUCGAAACUCAGGAGGAGAUGUACAAAAUAAUAUGCACGACGAAUAAACUGUACGUGAUGAUGCAGGCCGAGGAUUUAAAGAAAGCCGUGGGGAUGUACGUCUGUCGAUUAAAUCCCGUGGGACGUUUCUUACGCACACAGUGGAUUAGUUCAGCCAUUUCCAAAAAGUUCACUUACAAAAGAACCAUCGACGUGGGGAUAAUCAAGAUGUUCGAAUUCGGUCUCAUGCAACGAUUGAAGCAUCGCUGGAUAGAAAUAAAAAAUGUCGAACACACAUCGUCUAAAAAGGUGGAACCGAUUAUGCUAGAACAGAUCUAUUUAAUUCUGUUAAUAUUCAGCUCUGGAGCGUUUAUCUCUUUUACGAUUCUCGUAACCGAGAUACUAAUAUUUUACUACACCAAUUGACAAAUUAUUUGAAAGUA